AUGCGGGCGCAUGCGGGCGCCGCUGACGGGGCCACCGUCCGCUUCGCAGUCGUCGGCGACGCCCACGAGCGCUGGAGCAACGACGCCGACGGCGCCGCGCUGCGCGUGCUGGGCGUUGACCAUGCGAUCUGGGUGGGCGACAUCGGCAAUAGCGAGAACCUCCAGCUCGUGCAGCAGAUCGCUGAGCUGGACCAUCCGAAAUCAGUCAUGCUCGGGAAUCACGGUGCGGAGCUCGAGGUCUUGAUCCAAGGCGGCGCUCUGCCCAACGCAUCGGCGCGGACCGGGCUUUGCCGCGGGCGCAGGGCCGCGCUUCUUUGCGCAUGGGGCCGCCUCAUGCAGAGUGGCGGGCCGGGCGGCUGGGCGGCAGACGCCUGGACGCAGCUCAGCUCCCGCCGCCACACCGCCAGCCCGAAGCGCAUGCGCGUGACUUCAGCCCCCGCCGACGCGCUGCGCGAAGAGCAGCUCUGCGCCCCCGCCGGCGUCGCCGGCGCGGGCACGGGGCGCGGGCCUGUGCAGCUGCAGCUUGAGGCGCUUGGUGACCUGUUUGUCGGCUACAAAGAGGCCCCGCUCGACGGCAGGGGCGUGACGGUGGUGGGCGGGCGGCCCUUCUCGAAAGGGGGCGGCAGCUGGUCGUCCAUAUCUGUCUUCAUGGCGGCAGUCUGCGGCGUGGACAGCCUGGAGGCCUCCGCGGAGAAAAUCGCCGCGGUGGCGCGCCCCGCGGCGGAGCGCGGGGACGCUGUCGUGCUGGUGGCGCACAACGGCCCCGCGGGGCUGGGGGCGCGGCGGCAGGAUAUAUGUGGCGUCGACUGGAGGAAGGAGCAGGGUGACCACGGUGACCCUGACCUGGCGGCUGCCCUGGAGCAGAUGCGGCUGGAAGGCCGCCCCCCCGCGGCUGUCGUCUUCGGGCACAUGCACCACACACUGCGAGGCGGCGGCCUGCGGCGCAUGGUGCACGUCGACCCUGAGACCGGCACCGCCUUCCUCAACGCCGCGACCGUGCCGCGGGUGACCAAGGUGCCCGGCGCCCCCAAUGCGACGCUCCACCACUUCCUGGUGUUCGACGUGCGCGCCGGCGCGGUCGAGUCCGCGCGGGACGUCUGGGUCCGCGUCACGCGGCGCGGGGCGGCGGCGGCGGCGAAAAACGGCGGGGGAGCCGGUGAGGCGGUCGAUGCUGCGGUGGAGACAGAGACAGAGGUGCUGCGGACCGUGUGGGGUGAUGAGGGCACCGCGAGGGUGGUGUGGGAUGCGUCGGAGCAGCGGUGGGACCACGUCAUUGCGGGCGGCGGCGGGGACGGGGGUGGGGAUGGGGACGGACGAGACGGCGUGGCAGCGGCGGGCAACGGGUUGGGUUCUGCGCGGGCGGUGCGGUCGUGA